AUGGCCUUCUUUUCAGGAACGCACGCUUCGGCGGCUCUACUCUGGCUUCUAGCAUCCACUAGCACGGCACAAAGCCCCUCAAAGUCGGGAUACGAAUACGCUGAUCCGCUCAUUGGAACAAUCAAUGGAGGCCAUGUGUUUCCUGGCGCAACGCUCCCGUUUGGAAUGGCGAAAGCCGGGCCUGACGUGAUAGGAGAAAAUCAAGGAGGAUUCUCGUCAAACGACAGUGAACCAAUCUAUGGUUUUUCCCAUAUGCACGACUCUGGCACCGGUGGAUCACCGUCGCUUGGCAACUUCCCCAUCUUUUCACAGGCAGGAUGCCUCAACGACAAUAUUGAUGGAUGCCAAUACAUGAAGGUUUCGCGAGCCAAGCUUCGUAAACAGGGAAGUGUAAAUGCCAAGCCUGGAUACUUUGACAUCACGUUGGUCGACAAUAUCAGAACCGAGAGUACCGUAACAAAUCGUACAGCUCUGUACCGUAUGACGUUUCCGGAUACACUCGCGACGCCGAACACGCCGCUGAGCCCGCAUAUCUUGGUCGAGCUCACAGAUCUACCAAACUCGCGGAGUGAUGGAAAUGUCACGGUUGAUCCCAAGACUGGGCGCAUGACUGGUACCGGAGUCUUUUCACCGUCGUUUGGCAUUGGUACAUAUCGCUCAUUCUUCUGUAUCGAUUUCAAGGGCGCGAACGUCAGGCGCUCGGGUGUCUGGUCCAACACCAGGGCAACAACCAAAAAAUCGACUCUAAAGAUGCAACUAGAUGAUGUCCGACAGUCGACAGGCAACCGCCCAGGAGGUGGAUGGGUGCAGUUUGAGAAGCCUGAGCAGAACAACCAGAUGUUUGCCAGGGUGGGUGUGAGCCUGGUCAGCGAAGACCAGGCCUGUGCGAAUGCUGAGCGUGAGAUACCUUCGUUUGAUUUUGACGGCGUUGUGAAAGCCGCCGAGACUGCGUGGCGCUCCAAGUUCGAUGUGAUCACGGUCGAGAGUGGAGGUGUAGACGAGAGUUUUCUGACGUCGUUCUGGAGUGGUGUAUACCGCUCGAUGAUCAGUCCGCAAGACUAUACUGGCGAAAACCCCCUCUGGAAAUCUGAUGAGCCAUACUACGACUCUUACUACUGCAUCUGGGACAGUUUUAGGUCGAUCCAUCCUCUACUCACAUUGCUGGAUCCGCACAGCCAGACACAAAUGAUCAGGAGCUUAGUCGACAUCUACCGCCAUGAAGGCUGGCUACCCGAUUGCCGCAUGAGCCUAUGCAAGGGCUUCACGCAAGGAGGCUCGAAUGCGGAUAUCGUACUUGCGGAUGCUUACCUGAAGAAUAUCACCGCUGGCAUUGACUGGAACCUGGCCUACGAGGCCGUGAUCAAAGACGCAGAAGUCGAGCCACCAAACUGGGAUGUUGAAGGUAGAGCGCUUGGCUACAUACCCACCGACAACAUCGACGUGGAAGGCGUCGGCACAGAAACACGCUCUAUCUCGCGUACCGUCGAGUAUGCGUACAACGACUUUGUCAUUGCGCUGCUCGCCCGUGAGCUUGGCCACACAGCCGACUACCACAAGUACCUGGGGCGCUCAGCGAACUGGAAAAACAUGUUUAAAGCAGACCAACGCAGCAGCUUCAACGGCGUCGACACGGGCUUCGAAGGCUUCCUGCAGCCGCGGUACCAGAACGGAACCUGGGGCCACCAAGACCCCAUUUACUGCUCGCCGCUUCUCAACUUCACGGCCUGCUAUUUGAAUCCGCAGGGCGGAGAAACGUACGAAGGACCCGUGUGGCUAUACACGUUCUUCGCACCGGGCGACAUGGCGUCGCUCAUCGCCACGCUCGGCGGCCACGACCGCUUCGUCGAGCGCCUAAAUUGGCUGCACGAAUCCGGCAUCCUGUACGUCGGCGACGAGCAAUCCUUCCUGAACCUGUAUCUGUACCACUACGCAGGACGCCCCGCGCUGUCGUCCAAACGCGCGCACCAAUACAUUCCCUCGCUGUUCAACGACACGCUAGUCGGGAUCCCGGGUAACGACGACAGCGGCGCCAUGGGCUCCUUCCAGGCGCUCACCAUGAUGGGAUUCUUCCCCAACCCAGGUCAGGACGUAUACUUUAUCAUCCCCCCGUUCUUCGCAUCCAUCUCCAUCAAGAACGCGCAGACGGGCAACACGGCGACAAUCAAAAACCUCAAUUUCGAUACUGCGUACAAGAAUAUUUACAUCCAGUCUGCUACGCUGGAUGGGAAGCCUUAUACUAGGAAUUGGCUCCAGCAUAGCUUUUUCAUGGACGGCGGCGUCUUGGAAUUGACGCUCGGCCCAGAGGAAAGUAGUUGGGGCACCGGAAGUGAGGACGUCCCCCCGAGCUUGGGGCCUGCGGGGAAUGCCACGGCGCAGAUGGGGAAUAACAUGCGCCGCGAGUGGGAGGAUGUGGAGCUACAAGUACGUAUGGAUGAGGCUAUUUAA